CAAACCAUUUCCACUCGUCGUACCGGCUGGGGAGGCCGGAGAAAAUCUCUUACAGGGAAAGGAUGGAAGUUGCCCUUCCCUUUCCCUGAGGAAUGCCAUAGACUCCGCCUGAUGUGUGAUUGUGAGCUAUGGCACCGGUGCUAACUCGCGCUUCCGGGCCUCCUCACGCUGCGGAGCCUUUGACUACAUUUCCCCCUCGGUGCUGCGUUGGUACCGUCCGGCUCUGUCACGUGGGCGGCAAGAUGGCGGCCCCCAGAGCGCUUUAGGAGCGUCGCGGGUGCUGGCAGUGGCGGGAGCAGGCCGGUCCGGUUCUCGAGCCCACGAGUCCCCUUGUUUAGCCCAAGCCCAGCGGCAGCACCAUGGUGACGGAGCAGGAGGUGGAGGGGUUGGGGCAGAUGCUGGUGGACCCCCAGAAGCCCCUGCAGGCCCGCUUCCGGGCGUUGUUCACACUGCGCGGGCUCGGGGGUCCAGCAGCCAUCUCCUGGAUCAGCCGGGCCUUCAGCGACGACUCGGCCCUGCUCAAGCACGAGCUGGCCUACUGCCUGGGUCAGAUGCAGGACUCACGGGCCAUCCCCGUGCUGGUGGACGUGCUUCGUGACACCCGCCAGGAGCCCAUGGUGCGCCACGAGGCAGGGGAGGCCCUGGGAGCCAUUGGGGACCCAGAGGUGCUGGAGAUCCUGAAGCAGUACUCCACCGACCCUGUCAUCGAGGUGGCAGAGACGUGCCAGCUGGCCGUCCGGCGGCUGGAGUGGCUGCAGCAGCACAGCGGGGAGCCGGUGGCUCAGGGGCCCUACCUCUCCGUGGAUCCGGCCCCAUCCGCCGAGGAGCGCGACGUGGGGCGGCUGCGGGUGGCGCUGCUGGAUGAGGCCCGGCCGCUCUUCGACCGAUACCGAGCCAUGUUCGCCCUGCGUGAUGCUGGCGGGGAGGAGGCUGCCCUGGCGCUGGCCGAGGGCCUGCACUGCGGCAGUGCCCUCUUCCGCCACGAGAUUGGCUACGUCCUGGGCCAGCUGCAGCACGAGGCGGCCGUGCCCCAGCUGGCGGCGGCCCUGGCGCGACCCACCGAGAACCCCAUGGUGCGGCACGAGUGCGCGGAGGCCCUAGGGGCCAUCGCCCGGCCCGCCUGCCUGGCCGCCCUGCGGGCCCACGCGGCAGACCCCGAGCGCGUGGUGCGGGAGAGCUGCGAGGUGGCCCUGGACAUGUAUGAGUAUGAGACAGGGUCGGCCUUCCAGUACGCAGACGGGCUGGAGCACCUGCGCCCACCCCCCUCAUAGGGCCGCUCCCUCGAGGACUCUGCCCAUAAACCAUGUUGGAAUGAAUUGCAUCUCGCUUCCCUGCCUCCCAGCCGCUUUCGCAUCUUGAACCCCUGGGUGGACUGCAGGCUCCCCGGGGCCAGGCUGAAGUCUCUUCUCUGCCACUCUGAGUGCAGGGCUGCAGUGUUGGCGUGGGAGGGGUAUCUAGGGGGUCCGGGGACAGGGCUGUGCUCUGGGGGGUUGGGGUGCUGUGGCCCAGCUUCUCUAGGAAUGAGGGGGUGCAGGGAAAGGUGCUAUGGGCAAACCCGUCCCCGUCGGGCCUGGGCAGGGUCUGGGGGCGUCAGAGAGCUGUCCUUGGGGUGGGCAGGUGGUCCCUGGGUGGGGUGGCCUGGGCUGGAGCUCAGGGAGGGACAAGCAGGUCCCAGGACAUUCCCCAAAUGGACUAUUAAAUUAUUUUUGCCAAGU